UUAUAUUAAUGAGACGCAGGGAGCAGAGCGGUAGCUGCUCAGUGCGCAUGCGCCUGCCUUGGAGGCUGUGCAGCUUCAACAACAAGCAGCAGCAGCCUGCAACAUGGCCGACCUGGGCAAGAAGUACUGCGUUAAUUGUCUAGCAGAUGUAACGAACCUGCGGCUUCGUUGCACCGAGUGCCAAGACAUCGAACUCUGUCCAGAAUGCUUCUCUGCAGGCGCCGAAAUAGGCAAUCAUCGGCGAUGGCAUGGGUAUCAGCAAGUAGACGGGGGACGCUUUACUCUUUGGGGUCCCGAAGCAGAAGGAGGCUGGACCAGCAGGGAAGAGCAGUCGCUACUGGAUGCGAUCGAGCAAUAUGGCUUUGGAAACUGGGAGGACAUGGCAGCCCAUGUUGGAGCUUCAAGGACGCCACAGGAAGUCAUGGAGCACUACGUGACCAUGUACAUCCACGGUAACCUUGGCAAGGCCUGUAUCCCGGACAGCAUCCCAAACCGAGUGACGGACCACACAUGUCCAAGUGGGGGGCCGCUGUCUCCCAGCCUCACCACCCCACUGCCGCCCCUUGACAUCACCGUCGCCGAGCAGCAGCAGCUGGGCUACAUGCCCCUGCGCGACGACUACGAGAUCGAGUACGACCAGGACGCCGAGACGCUGAUCAGCGGGCUGUCGGUCAACUAUGAUGACGACGACGUGGAGAUCGAGAUGAAGCGGGCCCACGUGGACAUGUACGUGCGCAAGCUGAGGGAGCGGCAGCGGCGCAAGACCAUCGCCCGCGACUACAACCUGGUGCCGGCCUUCCUGGGCAAGGACAAGAAGGAGAAGGACAAGGAGAAGCCGGCUGCCGGGGGGGCGGCGACAGCGGCGGCGGUGGUCGCAGCGGCGGCUCCGCCGGCAGCGGCCGGCUCCUCGGCCGCGACGCCAGCCCCCAAGCGCAAGAUCACCAAGGAGGAGAAGGAGCAGCGGCUCAAGCUGAGGCCCCUCUGCCAGUUCAUGGCCUGCCGGGAGUUCGAGGAGUUCUUUGAGAAUAUGCACAAGGAGCGGGUCCUGAGGGCCAAGGUGCGGGAGCUGCAGCGCUACCGGCGCAACGGCAUCACCAGGCUGGACGAGUCGGUGGAGUACGAGGCGGCGCGGCACAAGCGGGAGAAGCGCAAGGAGAACAAGAGCGUGGCCCAGUCCAAACGGGGAGGGGGCGGAGGAGGUGGGAGCGGGGGCGGCGGCGGCGGUGGUGGUGGCGGGGGCAAAGAGGAGGGCAAGGACAGCGAGUUCGCCGCGAUCGAGAACUUGUCCGGCUUCGAGCUGCUCUCCGACCGGGAGAAGGUCCUCUGCAACUCUCUGAACCUCAGCCCCACGCGCUACCUGACGGCCAAGACCAUCAUAAUCAAGGACCACCUACAGAAGCGCCAGGGGAUCCCCUCCAAGAGCCGUCUCCCUAGCUACCUGGACAAAGUCCUCAAAAAGAGGAUUCUGAACUUCCUCACCGAGAGUGGAUGGAUAUCGCGGGACGCCUCUUAGUCUGUCUUACUUCGUUGCCCGUUUCACUUCAUUGCCAAUUUGUGUGUGGUUUACUUUUCACAAGGUGUUCUGUGUGCUGUGUCUGACCUCUGUAAGUUCCGAAUGGGCCAAACUACUGGACGUUAUUUUUUGUUUCUUUCUACGGGAGCGUGAUAAUGCUGGGACUGGCGAAAGAAAGAAGUCAAAAGCUGUUUGCGGUUUAUUUAAGCCUUUUUAAAGCUGAGCAUGCGAGAAAACAAAAUGGCAAUAACAGAGUAACUGAAGAACAACGUUUGCUUCUCUCCUGUGAUCUUUGCCCCAGGGCUCAACUACAAUCCCUGAACUUACCAAUGUGGGUGCUGUUUUACUGCAGCUCUUCGUCACUCGUGUAUGGAAAAGAUCUCCGUAAUAACUUUGAAGUCACAACGAGGCACCGCCUUUUGUGUAAGGGAGGGAGACCCAUGCUAUUGUUAACAUUUAUCUCCUACAAUCCAAAAGUCAUGCUGGAUUCAUUUGGCUUUGUCUUGAGAGAUAAAUGCACGGAGAGAAAAAGUGUCAUUUCUGUUUUAGGAAAGAAACUGCUUUGUACAGUUUCAGGCAGCUGGGAUAUUCAUUUGGCCUGUUGAGUCCUUUGGGGGGGGGGGGGGGAGUUAUUUUGUAAUACUGUAUAUGCAUCUCCCUUUUCUAUUCUCGUUCUCUGAGUUUGUUCGUUUUUGUUUUAGUUGCCAAAAUGUUUGUAAGAGUGAAGCUGUCCGAGCGGGCUUUGUCAAGGAAGAAAGAGCCAAGUGUAUCGUUGUUAGGGUCUGGUACAAGAAGGUCUUUUAGAAAAAGGACAGAAAAUGCUCCAAAGGGCACUCGUAUAUAUGUUUUUUAAUUUAGAAAUUACUAAAGAUUUUAAAAGCACAACAAAUACUCUCUGCUUGUCAAACAAGCACAGACAUUUGGAUUCUGCCAUUUUAUUUGAAGCCGGGUGCCCAAUUCUCUCAAAAAGUCAACCCUAUCUGAUCUGAGAUAUUUCAGAAUUAUGGUAUUUUUUUCCUUUGUGAAUAUAUUUAUAGUAUGCUUAUGUGAAACUUAUUUUUUCUUGGGAGCUGGUGGUUUGUAUAGGCCUACUGUGGAGGGAAAACGGAGGACAUAAAUGUGGUUAUACAUGUGAAUCAUUUCAAUCUCUUGUACUGUAGCAGGUUCAUGUAUUUGACUGGUGGUUUGCAUGUGAUACUCUGGACAUUGUGUUAUAAUUUAUUGGUUCACUCUAAUUCUUGCCAAGAAUGUUGUUUUUCUUUCAAAUACAGGACAUGCAAGAUUUAAUUAACUGGCAGAUAAUGCAUUGUUUAAAUUGUGUGCAGCAUCAAGCCAUGUAGGGUCUGAAGCAUGUUGCAAGUAUCUUUAAAGCAUUAAGUCAAAAGAUACUGCUACAAGAACAGUGUCUACAGUUCUUUGUUCUUGUACUGUAGGAGCAGCUGAUAUACAGUAAGAACUAAAAUGCAGUUUUUAGAUAUAUAGUGUAGUUGUGAAGGAGAAGUUUGGGUUUUUAUUUUGUGCAAUAACUUAAAUUUAGUUUUAUUUCUAAACCUUUAUGAGUCUCAUAUCGCAGUAUCGAUUACCGUUAUUAAAUAAAAAUCCCGUAUAGAUCUUUUCACAA